AGGUGUAGUGUCUAGGAUGUCAAGCACACUAGUGUAGUUCUAAAGACAGGUUUCACUUUGCGCCACGGAAGACAGUGCGGGUUGAAGACUUUGGGAAUGUCAGAUUCGUGGAGGAUAGUCUAACCGACUUGGAAAGUUUGGGAAAGGAUACCUCCAGAGGAACUGGACUACCCGGGAUACUCAGAGCGACUUUUAGGUGCAUCGGCAGAAGAAACCGUUUGUCGAAGAUGUUGGAGAUUGUUGCCUUGCUGGUUUCGUUCCUGUCUGGUCUGCACGCAUCCACUGCGAGCUAUUCGGAGGACCAGUGCAGCUGGAGAGGAAGUGGGCUAUCCCAGCAGCAGGGUAGUGUGGAGCAGGUCUGGCUGCGCUGUGCGGAGGGCUCUGUCGAGUGGCUCUACCCCGUCGGAGCUCUCCGCCUGACCCUGUCCCCUCGUCUGCCCUGGGGGCUUGUGGGUAGCGGUGGAGCAGGAGGAGGGGGUGGAGGAGCGGGCGGCAGCGCACUGUCCGUGUGUGUGAAGCCCAGCGAGCAGUUUGGGGGCGCCCAGCUUUACCUGGAGCGCAGCGGCGUCCUGGAGCUGCUCCUGAGCGAGGAGGAGAGCGAGGUCAACGCCUCUCCCAAGGUGCACUGCUUCAGCGCCACGCCGGGCGAGCGGCCGGCCCUCUUCCUGCAGGCCACCCCGCACCAGGACAUCAGCCGUCGGGUCGCCGCCUUCCGCUACGAGCUGCGAGGGGAUUGGCCGCCUGGGGUAUCAUCGGCGGACUCUGACCCAAUCAGCAGUGAAGAUGCCUGCAGACCUUGCAACAGUACAGAAAUCCUGAUGGCUGUGUGCACCAGUGACUUUGUGGUGCGGGGAAACAUUCGUGCUGUGGAGCGUGACGCAAGCCUCGGGGCGGCGGUGAUCAAGGUGUCCGCCACGCGUGUCUUCCGUCAGAAGUCGGCCCUGUUCACAGGCAGCGGACGCCUGACGCGCUCCGGAGAGUUCCGCACGCCGAUGCAGUGCGGCGUCCGACCGGGAGCCGGCAGCUUCCUCUUCACAGGCCACGCCCACUUCGGCCAAGCCUGGCUCGGGUGCGCGCCGCGUUACAAGGACUUCCAGCGGGCCUACAACCAGGCCAGACUGGCUCAGGAGAUGCCAUGCGAACUGGACGGUGUGUGAGGUGGAUGUGGUUGGGGUGUUGUUCAACAGCAAACCUCAGUGGGGACCAAACCACACACAAGAAGCCAGAGACACAGCUACGAGACUUGAGCUUCGAGACUUUGGCUAAGAGAUCUUUGGCCAAACAAACUUAAGCCUAGUCUGCCAAGUAGCAGGUCUCUUCAGAGAGAACCACUGUGAGGAGAAUUCUUCAUUUUAUUUCCCUGUGCAAUACCUGCCGCUCUGACCAAGGGGGCGCUACACAGCUACGCAGGACGCACGGUCCUCAGCUGGGCUCAAGAGGAAGAGUGCUAGAGCAUUAUGGGGUGGUUACCUGAAUGAGUGGAUAGAAGAUUGAUGGUCGAUGUAAUGGUCGGACUCAGCCAAACCAGUGUGUAACACCUCAUCUCAGGACACAGACACGUCAGAGUCAGACAUGUGCAGACUCUCCUACAUGUCAGGGCUACACCAGUAGUCUGAUGGAUAGCGAUCGAUCUGCACUCCAAUGUAGCAUGUGCUUAAGCCACCAAAUGAUAUUUAUGAGUGGGAGAAAGUCUGGUGUCACCAAGAGCUGCAUGAUCAGCACCGAUUGAGAGAUUUUUUAAAUGUUAUCUGAGAUUAUUAAGGAGACAUGAGUCUUCUCUCUUGUCAAUGUGUUUUGGGAGAAUUUUGCACUGUUCAUGUUUGAGGGGAUAUAUCUGGAGAAUUUGGAAGCUGCAAGCACUGUAAACCAAAUGAAAAAAAGAGUCAGAUUAUAUGUAGCAAAUGAGCCAAAAGAACUGGAUUUAUGAAUUAUAGAAUGGCUCGGACUUAAGUGACGUCAGACUUUUUUGCGUCAUGUAAGAGCCGUUAGCUUCAUGUUAGCAUAAACUAACGCCUUCGUGCUGUUCUAGCAGAGAAGCUGCCAGUACUGGCUAAAAGCAGGCAAGGCGGAGCAGAGUUUACAGCACUUUAAAUCUGCCAGAGGGGGUCUGCUGCUUUCUACACAGAAAAAUAAAAAAGAGAGAUAUAAAAAAUUAUAUAUAUUCACACAGGGCCUCUGUCUGUCCCUGUCUAAUGGAAUGAUUUCUAUCUGCUACUGCUACUCUCUCUCUAUCGUUAUCGUUCUCUCUUUCUCUCUCUCUCUCUCUCUCUC